UGUCAUUGGCAAGACACCUAUUUCAUCAGUUACCAAAUUGUUGGCUUAAACCGGAUUAUAUUCGUACUACUAAAACUUUAAACGCACCGCGAUAAGAGCCAGAUAAGUGCUCAUGUUAGGUGUUUAACUCACUCAGUCAUGGUUCUCUGUAAGGUAUUUUCCAUUUGCCUCCUCUUGUUUGUUGCAACAGAGGGAAAGUCUGUGCCAAAAAAUGACAAAGAACCCUUUGAACUCAACGAAUUUCUUUUGAGCACUUUCGGCACCAAAACCUUCAAUGGAACCUGGCUCACAGGAGACUCAAUUUUUCACAAAAAUAAGGACGGCGACUACAUUUUAUCUAACGUGAAGCUCGGAAACGCAAGUGUGUUUUUUAACAAAAGUGUAGUCGACCAUUUUCCAUACUUGUACAGUACUUUGGUUUCGCCAGAUCAUCGUUAUGUCCUGAUAAGAUAUAACGUUUCGGCGGUGUUUCGGCACUCGACAACAAGUCUAUACAGCAUUUACGACAUUGAGAAUGAAAAGUACUACGAUAUCGAAGACAAAAAUUACACUCAAUACGCCCAAUGGGCCCCCAUAGGUCAUGGUCUUGUCUACGUUUAUUUGAAUAACUUGUACUACCUAAAAGAACCAUCGGGUGAACCCAUUGCUUUAACUACUAACGGUAUUCCUGGAAUUAUCUAUAACGGGGUGCCAGAUUGGGUAUACGAAGAGGAGGUAUUGGGUACCGGUUCCGCUCUGUGGUUCUCACCAGAUGGGAAACAACUAGCAUUUGCAGCUUUUAACGACGCUGAAGUUAAAAACUUUACGUAUUUCACGUAUGGUGUUCCUGGUGUGACCUCUUCGCAGUACCCGAAAGAAGUUACAAUAAAGUACCCUAAAGUGGGUACGAAAAACCCGGACGUGAAAACCUAUGUUGUAAAUUUGGAGUCGAGUGAAGAAAAAGUGGUACCAUUACGAAUUCGCGCAAUUCCUGAAUCGUGGCACCAGAACGACGAUUACGUCUUGUAUGACAUGGUUUGGGUCACAAACGACGAAUUCGCUGUGAUUUACUCAAACCGGGUGCAAAACAAGGCCCAGUUGGUUCGUUGCAACAAAGACGCCAAAUGUAACAGCGUACCUGAGGCGACAUACGAGGAAAAAAACGGCUGGUUGGAAAUCCAUAUUCCUUACUACAACAAGGCUGGGAGUCAAAGGAUUGAAAUUUUGCCACAACCUGAAGGAACGGACGAGUUUGAUCACUUGGUACUGACCGAUGUUGCAACCGGAAAUGCGAAACGGUUGACCAAAGGGCCGUUUUAUGUCACGGCUGUGGACGGCUGGGACGAGGCAAACAAUAACAUCUAUUUUUCAGGAACUGGCGAAAACCAACCGUCACAACUACACGCCUAUGUUGUCAACAUUGAAACUUUGGACGUAAAAUGCCUGACUUGUGAGAUGAACACGUCUCAAGGUCUCUGCAAAUAUGCCUCAGCACUGUACAGUAAAGAUUUCAGCUACGUUACUAAAAUUUGCCGAGGUCCGGGACCAUAUCUUGUUGAAAUACACAACUUAAAAGACGAAUGUGAUAUUUUGAUUUGGGAGGAUAAUCAAGCUUUGAUUGAUAAACUGGCAAAAAAAUCAUUCCCGGUUAUCAAAAACUUGAAAGUGCCAGUUCCUGGUGGUUUCAAUGCUAACGUGCGAAUGCUUCUCCCGCCUGAUCUUGACGAGAACGAGCCCAAAAAAUACCCAGCAGUAGUUAACGUCUAUGGGGGCCCUAACAGCAACCAAAUCAGCGAUGCUUACACGGUCGGCUUCCAGCAUUAUAUUGUAACGAAUCGGAAGUACAUUUAUAUUUUUAUUGAUGCGCGGGGAAGUGGCAAAGACGGCAAAAAUAAAAUACACCAAGUUUACAGGAAAUUGGCGACGGUGGAAAUCGAGGACCAAAUUGCUGUUACAAAAUAUUUGCAGCAAAAGUUUCCCUACAUUGACGCCAAUAACACCGGAAUUUGGGGCUGGAGUUACGGGGGUUUUGCCAGUGCUUGGGUCUUGGUUAAAGACACCGAAAAUGUUUUCAAAUUCGCAUUGUCUGUGGCACCUGUAUCUAGCUUAAUUUAUUACGAUUCAAUUUAUACCGAGAGAUACAUGGGUUUGCCAACCCCCGAGGAUAAUUUAAAAGGCUAUAACAAUACAGACGUUACGAGAAAAGUGCUCGCGAUGAAGGGCAAAUUAUUCUUCUUAAUCCAUGGCAAUGCGGACGAUAAUGUGCACUACCAGCACUCCAUGCUUUUGUCGAGAGCACUUGAACUUAACGAUGUACCGUUCCAACAACAGAGUUAUCCGGACGAGAAUCACAGCCUGCUCCGCGUACGUCCCCACUUGUACCACACCAUCGACCGCUUCUGGGCCAGGAGUUUCGACCUGCCAGACCCCCCAGCUCCACGUCUAGUACCCCCAAAAAUGUAGCUUGAUUUCGUUAAAUAAAAAAUUUGAACAAAAAAAAA